UGGGAAAUAGCCACGCAUUCUCUGCUCCCCAAAAAGCCUUAAUAUUGAGACAGAUUUUUAGGGACCAUAAUAUCCACAUGAUGUCUCUAGUCCCAGAUCACAUCUUUAUACACCACUAACAGGAUUAUAAUGUUACGUUUCAGUUGUUUUUGUUACACUUGCGAUUUUUGAAGAAUUUCAGAAAACGAUCACACACGUCUAUUAUUUAAUUCGUAAAGUCUACUAUACUGAAAAUCAGAUAAAGAAAAACAAACAAGCCUAAAUGAAUAAUAUUGAAGACGGAGCAGUCGUAUAUAGCAAGCCGACCAGAAUGGGCAUCCCGAAAGGAUUGCCUUUAUACACGAACACGUAUAAAAACACUAUCACAAUUUACAACCUUUUUGCCAUUGGUCUGGACCAACCAUGUUGUCUUCGAUGCAAUACCUUAGUCGUCGGAUACAUUUAUUAUGUGCAUCAACAGACUUUCUGUCACGCGCAAUCAGGGUUUAGGGUUUAUCAAUCCGUUACCAGCAUCUUUUUUAUGCAUUUAUUUGCCAAAUUACAUUGAUUCAUCGCGCCGCAAUCAUUCAUGAGUUCAAGGUCACGGUUGUGGUGCGACAGUUGUGGAUCGAAUCGUGAUACCCAGACUCUUGAUGAUGGCAGAGCAUGCUGUAGUUUCUGUGGGAAACUUCUCGUUGAGGAUAAUUAUUCGGAAGAAGUUACAUUUGCUAAAGAUGCCGGAGGACAGAGUCGAGCACAAGGAACACUGAAUAGACUUGCCAGUGGUUACUCUGCUUCACGAGACAGGACAUUAGACGGAGCUUAUGAGGAUAUGCAAUGGAUGCUUUCAUCAGUGUUCAAUGAUGAUGACUCUAACGUACUUCGACGAGCAAGAAACUUCUAUAGAAUAGCACUGGAGAGGAAUUUCACAAAAGGACGUCCAAAGCAUCUUGUUGAGGCAGCUUGUCUUUAUGUUGCCUGUCGGACAUCAGAGCCUGAUCCUAAGCCGUAUCUUCUAAUUGAAUUUGCAGAGUUCUUGGGUAGAAAUGUAUACGAGCUGGGUGCUGUAUAUUUGACGCUUGUUCAACAGUUAAGCCUUCAAGAUGUUCAGUCUAUUCAGAAAGCAGUUGAUCCAAGUCUUUUCAUUCAUCGGUUUGCAAAUAGGUUGUUAGGACAGACCGAUGUCAAUGUUGAAACGACUGCACUUAAAAUUAUUGCUAGCAUGAAGCGUGACUGGAUGCAGACGGGAAGAAAACCGAGUGGGCUAUGUGGCGCAGCAUUAUACAUAUCAGCAAUUUCACAUGGCUAUAGUUAUACUAAAUCACACAUUGUAAAAGUUGUUCACAUCUGUGAAGCAACAUUGACGAAGCGAUUAAUCGAGUUUGAAAAUACAGAAUCAGGAAGCCUGACGAUUGAUGAGUUCACCCAAAAAGCAGAAAAACAUGAAGCGGAGCUUAGGUCACUGGGCCAAACCACCACUGGCAUCAAAUCCUCCGAUAAGAGUGAAGUUCUUUGUAAGCACAAGGGUGAACUGACUUUUGCUCAUGGACUCUGUCGAGAAUGUUAUGCAGAAUUCAUGAAUUUUUCUGGAGGAUUGGAUGGAGAAUCAGAACCUCCAGCUUUUCAGCGCGCACAACAUGAAAGAAUGGAGAAAGAGUAUGCUGAGAAAAACGCUGUUGACUCGAGUUGUGAUCACAUGGCUAUCCAGGGGCAGAACAGUAACUAUGUAAAAUAUGAUAAAAGAUCAGAGAUCCCAGGGGAAAGUAGAGAUGAAAAUCUGCACUCUUCAGAGCAUGUUAAUGCUGGGGGUGCUACCAAGGAAGUGCCCAUUGAUGAUGCUAGUUAUAGCAAAUUACAGGGUGCUGAUUAUAUUAGUGCUGAAUCACCUGCAUCAGAAACCCUGUCUGAUAUUGAAGAUCUUGAGGUAGAUAACUACAUUCACACUGCAGAGGAGAUGCAGUACAAGAAGAUCAUCUGGGAAGAAUUGAAUAGAGAAUAUGUUGAGGAACAACUAGCCAAGGAAGCUGCUGCAGCUGCUGCAAAGGAGGCGUGUGAAGCGCAUAUGCGGAAUUGUCCUGAGGACAUGGAGGAUGCUAGAAAGCUUGCUGCAGAAGUUGCAGCAGCCAUGGAACAAUCGAAAAAGGAAAGACGACAAAAAAGAGCAGCAGAGGCUAAAAAUGCAGCUCCUCCUCGAACUGCUGCAGAAGCAACCCGCCAAAUGCUAGCCAAGAAGAAGCUUGACUCGAGAUCAACUAUGAUGUGUUGGACGAACUUUUUAAUGACUCGGUUUCUCCAGAUAACAAGAAAAGCCGUCUAAAUGAUGAGGUGUACGCCAGUGGAACAGAAUACGUGAAGCAGAAUAUGAAGGAAAAUGACUCUGAACUGCUUCCAGAAACGAGAAUGAAGGUGGACCAGAGGAAUUUUCUGAGGGCUUGCAAUAUGGUAAUGAAGAAGACUACAUUGAUGAUUAUGGAUAUGAUGAGGAAUAUUAGAAUGAUUGAAAUACCUAUUUUUUCAUCUAUAAUAAAGUUGGACUUGGACGACAACAAAUAGAUGGCAGCGAGAUUUUAACUGUUGUACAUCGUUUCUAUAUUGCAGCUUUAGUGAAUCAUCUGAAAUUCAUUAUUUUAUGCAAAAGAUAAUAAAUACACCGUUAGAAAUGCUCUCUAUAUUAGUCAAAUUUCAGAUCUGAGAUGACCACAACUAUUUGUAUUGUUUCAGGUGGCCUUAAUUUCUGUAAUCUGCACGUGAAAGCAUUGUAACAAAUCAUUAUGAUAAUUUUAUUUAUUUUUUGAUAUUUAACCAAAUACAUUAUUUGCUUCGA